AUGGUCGCUGUCGCAAUCACGCUGAGGGCCAUUGGUAUCGCCGGUGAUGCAGGCUUCGGCAUUUAUGGUAUCGUGAGUGCAAAGGGUGGCGGACCUGGUGAAACCUUCCUUGCUCUUCUGGGUGGACUUGGUGCUCUCGAAAUGCUUGAAGCUCCUGCGCUUUUCGCGAAGGCAGCGAAGGCGAGGAGUGCAAUGUCUGCCGAGCAUAUUGCGAAUUUGGGAGUCGAGGUCAAGGGUGGAAUGGCCCAGAUUGAUAAAUUGAAGCAACUCUGCCAUUAA